AUGCUCGUCGUCGCGCCCGCGGGCUCGUUCCACCAGCACCACCAGCGGGUGGCCGCCGACGACCCCGUGCUCCCGCUCAUCACCGCGGCGCAGCGCACCCUCGUCGACGCGGACGCCGCCGCCUCCGGCAACGGCAAGCCGCCCGUGUCGUCCGCUGGCGGCGCCAUCCAGUUCUGGCACCAGGAGCCGGCCGCGGAUGGGUCCCCCGGCAACGGCAAGAAGGCCCUCGCCAUGUUGGACCACGGCCGCGGCGGGUCCGGGUCCGGCGCGGCGACGUGCCAGGACUGCGGCAACCAGGCGAAGAAGGGCUGCGCGCACAGCCGCUGCCGCACGUGCUGCAACAGCCGUGGCUUCGACUGUGACACCCAUGUCAGGAGCACCUGGGUGCCCGCCGCGCGCCGCAAGGAGCGCCUGCAGCUCGCCGGUACCGCCGGCGCCUCCCCUCCUCCGCCCACACCCGCCGCGACCAAGAAACCCCGCCUCGCGUGCCCGACCCCCACGACGACGACGACGACCAAUUCUCGCGCCUCCACCUCCAACGCCACCACGCCUCGCAGCUUCGACACCUCCUCGAGCCACCAAGACGCGUCGUUCAAGGACAGCCUGCCGCGGCAGGUGCGCGGGCCGGCGGUGUUCCGGUGCGUGCGGGUGACGUCCGUGGACGACGGCGCCGCGGGCGGCAGCGGCGAGGUCGCGUACCAGGCGGCGGUGACCAUCAACGGGCACCUGUUCAGGGGCCUCCUGUACGACCACGGCGCCGAAGCCGACGGCCGCGCCGCCGCCUCCGCCGCCGUGAUGCCCACCGCGUCCGACCUCAACCUCAGCAGCGCUGCCGCGGCCGCAGCGGGCCCCAACCUGUACAGUGGCGCCAGCGCCCCGCUCAUCCUCGGCGGCCUGGGCUACGGUAACACACCAUGA